AUGCUGAAUGCAGUGACGUGGCAAGAAAUUCUUCGCCAAUUGAUGUCUAAGGAUCUGGGAAUCGACCCUUCCAUUGGUCAUGUGGAGCCUUUGGUGGGAUGCGAAAUUGUCCGACAGACGUUGUACAUGCAAAACAACUCAGCCCCCUUUAACGUCCCGGUUGACACAAAAUUGAAAGGCCUUGAAGACUACGCUCAGAUUGUCAAGAAUCCAAUGGAUCUGGGGACAAUCAAGAAGAAGAUCGAUUCGGGAGGUUAUGAAGGACCUGGUGGGUACGAAAAUUUUGCAGAGGAUAUUCGCUUGGUCUGGGAUAAUGCCGUUUUGUACAAUGGCGAGGAAUCGGAAGUGGGCCGCGCUGCCUUGGCACUUUCGGAUGUGUUUGAGCAAGACUACGAGCGAUUUGUAGUUGGUCGCGUUCGUGCAAACCAAAACCGGAUUGAAGGGUGCAAGGAGACCAAAGAAGCACUGCAGGAUCCGUCAGCAGAAGAGCUCAAAUCGUUUCAGUACGCCGAUGUUGUGUAUGGAUUGUAUUGUUCGGAGUUUCACGAGCUUCCUACUUCAUACAAAAUUGGUGCUCUUUCCUGGAUUUGCUCCGAGUUCUUGACGCUUUCCAGCAUUCGGACCUACAUGUCAUCUCAAGUGGAGCAAGAGAUGCUAAUUCACCGAAAUCACCGAAAGCGUGCAGCUGAUCUGGAUUCGCGAAGGAAACACUCGGACAGAAUGCGACGUGAAAGGGAAAACGCCUUCAGAAGAGAUUGUGCUAACCAGGGGAUUCAUCCCAACUCACACAAUGUUUUCUCGGAAGGGAUUAAGCGUCGGCAUGAAUUUAUUGGGAAGUUUUUCGAGGAUAUCCAGGCAGAAAAGCUCGAAGACGAAAAAAACUUGGAGCAAGAGAAGAAGGCCCAAGCAGAGGAGAUGGCGAGCGAGUUGAGUUCCGUUGUUAUUCGCGAGGCUCCUUUGGGACGAGACCGAUACCACAACUCUUAUUACAUGUUCAAGCAUGAUACGAAGCCGCGGCUGUUUAUUGAACGUGCAGAUUCAGGGAAUUUUGUGCUUUGCAGCAGUAAAUCUCAGCUUGAGGAGAUUUUGGAGUGGUUGAAUCCUAAGGGUAUUCGUGAGCUGGACCUGCUAACGAAGCUUCAGGAGGUAAAAGACAAACUGCUCGGUGCAUUGGAUGGACACGAAGAAAAGAACGGUGAAGAGUCCGGAGCGGGCAUAGUAUGGAAUACCAAGAGCGGAAUUGAGCUGCAAAUGUUUCCACUUCCGGGCGGUGCAAUCAAGAGUGAGACCAUGACCAUUAUCGACGAAGACAAGACUAUCCAGUCGCACAAUAUAUCUCGGAAGAUGCUGCUUUGUCUGAAGCAGCACCUGGAAAACACCAACACACUGCCUAGUUUGUGGGAAGGUUCACAGACGUGGUGCAGUCGUUUGGAGGAGGCAAAGUCAUUCAAAGAGCAGCUUGCUUUGUUUGCUGAACUGGAGAGUGCUGCUGUGGCGGCACUUAACUCGGGCGUAGAGACAAUUCGACCUUCGUGGCAACGGAAGCGACAUGAGUGGCGUUUGGCAUUGGAGGGCUCUUGCACAUACGCGCAGCUUGUGUUUUUGUUACAUUUGCUGCUCGAGGAGUUUAUCAACGUAGAGGCCUUCAUGGAUCUACACAUCCGCCUGGAUCGACGUGAAUGGCUCAAGCUGCGUCCUAAAGAGACCAGGAACUUUAUUCCCGAGGCAGGAAAAGUUGUUGUAUACUUUGGAGAUGGCCAUGCGCUAGCGCUGAAAGAAGACGAGAAGUCGAAGAAGAAACGUUUUACGCAGAAGAGCGACACUCCUGUUCGUAACGCAACGGUGAUUUGUACAGUGGAAAAAGUAUCAUAUCACCACGGUGGAGGUGAUCCGUACGCGUUGGCAGUGCUGAAACCGAUUUCGGAUAUGGCUCAGCACGAAUGUGUUCGUAAGCCUGACACUCUUUUGUGUUCCCUUCCUUCUCGAGAACAAAGGCUUGCUCGAGUAUUUUUGCGGGUUCUGGCCAAGCUGAAAAUGCUAGCUGAUGCCGGACCGUUCUUGGAACCUGUAUCGGAUCGCGAGUUUCCGCAAUACAAGGAAAUAAUCUUGCACCCGAUGGAUCUCGGGAAAAUGACCGAGAAGGCCAGCAACCUAGAAUACAACAACGCAGCUGAGUUUAUGACCGACCUCCGGCUCAUGCGCGACAACUGCCAGCUCUUCUGCGAAGGCCGUUUCCCUACACUGCCACCGUUGGCUCACAACUUGGUACACGUCGCGGAUGGACAAAUCAAGAAAUGGGCCAAAGAAAUUCGUGCAUGCGAAGCAAGCGCGGUGGAUACAUCGGCCAAGACUGACACAUCACCCGAGAAGGAUGCAUUGAAGCAAGAAGAAGCGGAAUCGGGGAAACUGGCAACGACUGAGCUUCCAACCGAUUCGAUAGUGACCAUCUUGCGCCUCGAGAACCGUUUGCCCGAGUACAUCGUGGAUAUUAGCCGUUAUACAUGGGCGGUGAACCGUACUUGGCAUUGCGGAGAGAAGUUCCGUAUGCUAUUCCGUAACCCUGAAGGUUACCCUGGCGAGUACUAUGGAGGUGUGACGGCAGGAUCGCUACCAUUUGAUGAUCAUGGAAUGCUGCCAUGGGAGUCGUUGCGUAUUACGUGGGAUGAAGACGACGGAUCGGACGACAAUCGCAUUAACCCGUGGGAGGCUGAAUUUCCUCGAAGUGGAAAUCGGGCAUAG